AACGUUCCUUUGGUUGGUGAAUACAGGUCCACAGAACAUUAUUCAUCAGUUACUUUCGGGAAAGAGACGGAACUUGACCAACGCACUCGCCAAAUCUCGGUUGUAAACUUCUGUAAAAAGCAGCUCAGCAAAAGAAGCAAAGAAAACAAUAUCUAAAAUGCUGAUGCAACAAUCACGAAGCUAUUUCCUUGUUUACAUCCUUGCCGAUGCAUCAAGAAACAAAGCAAAGUUCCACAUUGUCGUCCUUCAUGAAGAAGUUACUGAUUCUCUUCUAACACCCCACGUAUCCUUUGUUUAGGCCUAGUAUUCUCCCUUUUUUACUCGAUKACUUAUAGCAAAACAGCUUAUAGUCAGGUUGGUUUAGAUUAAUAGUUGCCAGUUUAGAAAUAGUUUUAAACGCAGGAAGUGGCUGUAUACGAGUAUGUCGGAUCGCGAUCUAUGUAUUUGACUUGUGGCACUCAGCCGGUUUGCGCCAAACUUCGCGCGUUUGUCCAAGCUAGAAGUGCGUCAUUUAUUUGCGGUUCUUGAAUACCAUGCGAGCAUUGUUCUCUAAACCGAUGUAUCUUUUUUUUUCUCUCUCUUCCUUUUAGUUGUAAAAACGGUAAAGAAAAAAUGGUACAGGACUCAGUUCAUUGUUCGAAAAUACCCUGAAGRCAAYGUAACAAGCGAUAGMCCCCCAARAACAGAUCUUCCUGACUACAAGAAGUGCAAAGAGUCGCCAUUUUGUUUCUCGUACAUAGCWGCUGAGAUCGAAGGCUAUAACGUGACUAUAGGAGAUGGUAGAAUGUACAACGGUUACUACAACGCACCAUUAGAACCAGCCACGACGUACAGAAUAUUCACUAGAAGUGUGUCCAAGUCAAGCGAUAAWACAAUAGAAUAUUUUCCUGCCAUUGGAAGUUACGCGUUCAAAACCACAACGACUAAAUCAAAUACAAAAAAUAACACCGAUGUCUUCACAGCCAAAAAACAAGAGGUUGAAAGCGCAAGCUGGUUAACACUCCCUUCGUUCGUCGCCAUACUCACCAUCAAUAUCAUUCUCAUCAUCGCCAUAAUAGUAAUAACAACAUUMGCUCUAAGAAGGAAGAUGUUUUGUAAGAAAAAACAAGCAGAUAGCACCAAGAAUGAAACGGCUUACGCUUCUGUUGAGAUGAAAGAUCGAAACGUUAGAAACAACGGUAGGAAGACUCGUUAUCAAAUAUCACCACCCACUGAACAAAGCAGCAAUGAUCAUUAUCAAAGCCUCGACAAGACUACAAGAACAACACAGAAUACUGUGAAAUAUGAAAAUGUCAGGCGUAAAUUGCCCGAUAUCCCUAAAAUCUAAGCUAAACAGGCCAGUAACUUUGAGGACAGUCAGUAAACUUGAGCUUAUAAUCUGAGCCAUGUUGGAUAAAGAUCCAGAUGUGUUGCUGUGCUUUGUUUUAGUCUUAUUACGAGAUGUGCAUGAACAGUGAAAACCUAAUGAUAGAUUAAUAAAGCUUUUCAUCAAUUACGUAGACGCGCCAGUGGUAAUGAAAGUAACURAAGUUCAUUCACSGYUUUKMAAAAGCCACUUCUAUACUUUCAGUUAUUUGAAAAACCUCUUUGUAAAGACGUGCAUCUUGWUUGUGUCUGAAUCGUGCAUUCAUCAUCCAAAUAUUCAAUAAAAUCUGAGUGUGUAAAGUC